AUGGCGUCAAGACAGAGGCUGAAGCAGUGCACAGCACGCACAUCCUUUCCAACCUGGUUGCCUCCAGCCAAACAGCAGCGACUGCGCACACUUGGUAGCUCUUCAACUUCGCACGCCUCGACAUCACAGCAGCCACCGCAGCGCAGUUCUAGCCAGCCAAUACGACUCUCAACUCACUUCUCUCCCACUCAGAAAGCUUCGCAAUCAUCCUCCUCCUCCUCCACCAGCAGCAACGAUGAUCCACUCCCUUCCUUACAGCUGCUCCUCCGCGGCGGCUACAUCCGAUCCUCCUCAUCCGGCGUAUUCACCCUCCUCCCCAACGCCCUCCGAAUCAUACGCAAGAUCACCAACAUCAUAGAUCAAGAGCUCACCGCCAUCUCUGCCUCUCGUCUCGCCAUGCCCAACCUCCUCCCCUCCAAACUAUGGCACCAGACCGGUCGAUACGCCGUCAUGGGUAGCGAGCUCUACAAGCUUCGCGAUCGCAAGGAUUCCGAAUUCGUGCUUGGACCGACGCACGAGGAGGAGAUUACCAAGCUCGUUGCACAGGAGGUCGAUUCCGAUCGUCAGCUGCCAUUGCGCCUGUACCAGAUCACCACCAAGUUCAGGGACGAGCCGAGACCGAGGAUGGGCCUGUUGCGGACCAAGGAGUUUCUCAUGAAGGACUUGUAUUCUUUCGACAAGAGUGCGUGCGAUGCGAUAGCUACGUAUGAGGAGGUGAGGGGUGCUUAUGUGAGGAUCUUCGAUAGGAUCUUUGGUGCAAAGGGACAGUGGAAGGCUGCAGAGGCGGAUACGGGCGCGAUUGGGGGGAACAAGAGUCACGAAUAUCAUGUGCAGGAUCCAGCGGGAGAGGACACCCUGAUAUCGUGCUCAAAGUGCACUUACACCGCCAACACGGAGAAGGCGGUAUCCAUGCCAGAUCAAGCUCAAAUGCCGGUAGCCGCGGCGGAUGUCAGCGUCCUGUUGUUCGGAUGUAGGGACGUCAAGAUGCAAGACCAGGUGAUGCACGCUUUCGUUCUUCCGGCAACGCGAACUUUGAACCACACCAAGCUCGAGAAGCUCGUCACCAAACUCAACGCUUCUACUGGGAACGAAGCGGAGCAGGACAGGGUUGAACUGCUGUACAACUCUGCUGCCUCUCCGGUUGCAAAUGCAGGCGCUGCCGGCUGGGAUUGGAAGGACCGACCCGAAGGACCGCUCGUCCGAUUCACCUCUCUCUCCGUCCUCGCCGACUUCGAGUGUGCAUCGCUCGACCCUUCCGAACUGAACGAUGCUCUGAUCCACGCCGUCAACACGUUCACCUCUCGACCUGGCGGCAACUCGAAUCAACACCUGCCACUCAUCGACCUCUUCCCCACCCAAUUCGGCCACUUUGCCUCCACCCCAUCCGCUGUCACGCCUCCGCUCACGCUCGUUGACAUUCGCACUGCACAAGCCACCGACACGUGCCCCUCGUGCAAAUUUCCCGCCUCACUCGUCGAAAGCAAAGCCAUCGAAGUCGGUCACACCUUCUACCUCGGCGAUCGAUACAGUCGUACCCUCGAAGCUGGUUUCCACCCCUCCAACGAGGUAGCCGAGCAAACUCAAGCGGUGGAAAAGCUCCCAAAUGGGAGGAUCCCUUUCCAGAUGGGAUGUUAUGGCAUCGGGGUUUCGCGUAUCCUCGGUGCGCUUGCACAGAAGGCCUCUGGUGAAUUCGAUCGAAUCUUGACUGUCGAGGAUGCUGUGGAUAAGAAGAAGAUGAGGAAAGCAGGUUUCGUCUGGCCAGAGAGCAUUGCACCUUUUACCGCGGUUGUCAUGGUCAGCGAUGGGAAAGACACGAAGAAGUUGGAUGCGGCGUACGACGUUUGGUCGCGCAUCAUUGCUCAGGCUCAAACCAGGAACUGUUCCGUCCGAUCCGUCUUCCAGCGACUCGUUGCAGGGGAAGAUGCACAAUUAGACGAGCAACCGCAGCAGGAAACAGGAUGGUCGAACGAGGAGCUAGGUGAAGUGGUGAUCGAUGAUCGCGCGAAAACGUUGGGGUCCAAAUUGGCGGAUUCGGAUCUGACGGGUUAUGCGUACAGGGUGAUUGUGGGCAAACACUGGGAGAAGGAGGGCAAGGUGGAGGUGCAGUGGAUGGCGGAAGGUGGGUGGCGAGCGAUGGUGGUUCCUGUCGAGGCGUUUAGCGGGUUCACUGGUUAA